AUGGGCUCUGCUUCGAGCCAGAGCUUCACAGGAGGAUGGGUGCAGGGAGAGGAGGAGGAGGAGGGGGAGGAGGAGGUUGUGGCCCGGGGCAGCGGGGUCUGUAAGUGGUUCAACGUGCGGAUGGGCUUCGGCUUCCUCUCCAUGAGCAGCAGGGACGGAGCUCCGCUGGAGGAGCCGCUCGACGUGUUCGUGCACCAGAGCAAACUGCACAUGGAGGGCUUCCGCAGCCUCCGAGAGGGCGAGCCCGUCGUGUUCACCUUCAAGAAAUCAUCCAAAGGUCUCGAGUCUUUGCUGGUCACUGGACCGAAUGGAGCUCCAUGUCUGGGCAGCGAGAGGCGACCGAAGAGCUCUCAGAAGAGACGCUCCAAGAGUGACAGAUGCUACAACUGUGGAGAACCUGGCCACCACGCCAAAGAGUGUCAACUGCCCCCUCAGCCCAAAAAGUGCCAUUGCUGUCAGAGUGUUUCCCACAUGGUGGCCAACUGUCCCGUCAAAGCACAGCAGCAGCAGCAGCAGCAGCUCCGUUUGUCUUCAGGCUCUCAGGGAACAGCUUCCUCACGGGGCGACGAGGAAGAGGAGCAAAGCCAGGCCACCUUCUCUGAAAACUGA